GGAAUCCCAGUGGAUACAUAGCUGUCGCACAAGGCCGAUCAAAGUGCGGAUUCGAGCCGAAUUUUUCGCCGCUCUUUGUAUAUUUGCGGCUUUCACUCGGUACUUGAACCUCGUGUAACUGCUUGAACCCCUGAAGUUCGCAGUAAGUACCGAUUGGCAGCCGUUACUUAAACCGACAGUUAACUUGGAAUUUGCGAACGCGCACUAAGACCUUGUGACAGCACUCGCCUCCCAGAAGAGACAAAUAUAUAUCGGGGGCCGCCGGCAUGUGACGCAAAUCUUACUUCAGCUGCGACGUAGCACAUUCCCGCUUUUCUUCUGGUGUUUGUUUCGGAGUUGUUGGGUUCUGAACGCUUAUCUGUGAAGGGUCCUGACGCCCUCCCUCCCGAUUUCAGUGCGCGCGUGUGCAUGUGCUGUGCACACCGCACCAGACUUGUCAGCAGGUGUGGCGGUUUCCGGCGCUUGUUUCCGGGACUCUCAGCAGCUGUAAUGCCGAGCACCGUGGAGAAGUCGUUUCAACCUUACCACAUCACCGAGGAGCCUGCGACGGUGUCGACGGGAUUCAGGAUCCGAGCUCGCAACAAGUCGUUCGAGGGUCUCACGAAGGAGACCGAGGGUCAAUGGAAAGGGCCCUUCUUCUUCAUUCAAGCAGCGGACACGCAGUUUGGCAUGAUCGAGUCAUAUCUGGAGAAAAAGCCAUGCCCGCGGUGGGACAAGGAGAUAGCGCUCACCGAGAAGGCCGUCGAAGCUGUCAACAGGAUGGAGCCAAAGCCACGGUUCUUCGUCGUCUGCGGAGACCUUGUGGAUGCCAUGCCUGGGGAUGAGCUGAAGCCGGAACAGGAGGCCGACUUCAAGCGUGUCUUCUCCAAAAUGAGCAGUGAGGUGCCACUGGUGUGCGUCUGCGGCAACCACGACAUUGGCAACCAGCCCACACCUGCCAGUGUGUGCGCCUACAGGAACAGCUUUGGUGACGACUACUUUACCUUCUGGUGCAGCGGCGUUAUGUGCAUUGUCAUCAACACGCAGUACUACGAGGAUCCGUUGCUGGUGCCAGAUUUGGCGCACGAACAGGAAGUGUGGCUGGACGAGCAGCUGGCGGAAGCGCAGCGGACGGGUGCCAAGCACGUGGUGGUCUUCCAGCACAUCCCCUGGUUCGUGCGCAACUUUGACGAGGACAAGAUGUAUUUCAACUUCAACCCCGAACUGAGAUUACGGAUGCUCGACAAGUUCCACAAGGCCGGUGUGCGGGCCAUCUUCUGCGGCCACUACCACCGCAAUGCCGGCGGCUUCUACAAGGACAUGGAGUUGGUUGUGACUUCUGCCAUCGGAGCGCAGCUUGGCUGCGACACCCACGGGCUUCGUGUCGUGAAAGUCCGCGAAGACAACAUCGAGCACCAAUACUACGCAUUGGAUGAGAUCCCAGAGACGGUCUGCCUCCACUGACCCCGACCCUUGGCUGUAGGUCGGGGACUUUCAGCAGUAGGCCUUUUGGAAAGUCGGAAGUGUAUCCGUGAGAACUUUUGUGUGCGUGGCAGCCGUAGGUUCGCUCAAAUGAAUCUGACGAAGUGUCGAGAAGUAGGUAUUUCCAAUUUGUGCGUACGUGACGAUCUAGGUCGGACGAGAAGUUGCGUGGGGAGUAGUAGAUUUAUUAUGUUUCGUACCACAUGUUUACUCGUCAGAUCUACAGGCUUAGUCGACUUCUUUUUUUUAUCAUAGUGAUGUUACUGGAGGAAAACUCCUAGAAAAUGGAGAAUUAAUGUCUGAACUGACAAAAUUAGUGGGUAGAACCAAUCAAAUUUAGAGGUCAAUUUAAUUUUAUAUCGCAUAUGCCCACUUCGCAAUCUUUGUGCAACACAAAGUAUUGCACUGAAUGAGAGAUUUUGUGCUUAUGAAUCGGAGUAAAAAGCCCUAAAAGCAUGUGUUAAAGGGGUCAUCAAACACUUUUUCAAGUAGUCAUCAAAUGACCUCAGUAUCGAAGUUUAUGGCCUCAGGAAUCUACUGCUGUAAAAAUAUUUUUCAGUGUGGCCAGUACAAGCAGAGUUACAAAUUUAUUGCGCACAUUUAAAAUUUUAUAUUAUCUCCUCCUGGCGAACGCUCUGAAGGCUACACGUGGGUGGAUGGCAAGGAGCUAUGUCAUUACAUACCACGAACUUGAAUGCACACCAUGAAGUGCGUCAAUCACUCCCAGUAUGCUUACGGUAUGUGCUAGUGUUUCUAAUGUCUAACUUUAGCACAUUUAGAGCGUAGCACCAUAGCAAGAAGCACAUCUGAUUCCAAUGCCGCUUUUUUGUUUUAGUUAUCAACCAUUAGCCCUACUCUACCAAAUGGUAGAAUAGAACCGAUACUGGCACCUUUAAUGAGAGUGAGAACGGGUCUCUGCGUCAAGAGAGGCCACUUGACAAGAGUGACAAGUUUGCACUUCGCUGGUAAACUGUACAGUCGAGCCCACAUAUAACGGCCCUACUUAAAACGAACUUUCACUUAAAACGAA